UCACUCCGAGCUGCAUCUCGCCAAGAGUGUAUAUACCCACACUCCCGCCGCGGUCUCCGUGGAAACACUCUCAGUCUCUCCCUCCUGCCGUCAGUCAGUGCUACGUAUAUUUGACCAUGGAACUCAAAUAAAACCCCCGGCGGCCUCGCAGCUUCAUGGGCAAAGAGGACGAGGGGGUGUCGAGCGCCGGAAGUCCGAACUCGAAGACGCCGAACGGAACGUCCGUGGAGCCGGAAUGUCGGGAAAGACACGCGGAGCUGUUCGACCAACUGGACUUGAAUAAAGACGGCAAGGUGGACAUCGGAGAACUGCGAGUUGGACUGGCGGCUCGCGGUUUGCGGCGGGGAGAAGCUGAAGAGAUAGUUCUCGAGAGCGACGUCAACCAUGACGGUUUGUUGGACUUCCAAGAGUUCUCCCAUUACCUGCAGGCUCAUGAGAAGAGGCUGUUGCUCAUGUUCCACACAUUGGAUCGGAACAAUGAUGGUCAAAUCGAUGUGGGGGAGAUCCAGCAUUCACUGCAUACGCUUGGGGUGGAUGUCACCAAGGAACAGGCUGCCAGAAUACUGCAGAGUAUGGACAAAGAUGGCACCAUGACCAUUGAUUGGAAAGAAUGGCGAGAUCACUUCUUGUUCAAUCCUUUCCACGACAUGGAGGAAAUUGUCCACUACUGGAAACACUCCCAUAUGUUUGACAUUGGGGAACAUUUGACGGUGCCAGAUGAGUUCUCGGAAAAGGAACGACGGUCUGGUCUGGUAUGGAGGCAGUUGGUUGCUGGAGCAGUGGCUGGUGCGGUGUCCCGGACAGGAACUGCUCCUUUAGAUCGCCUAAAAGUCUUCCUGCAGGUACAUGGUUCUGCGUCUGGAGGGGCAAAUUUGUGGUCUGGACUGAGAGGGAUGAUCCGAGAAGGUGGUGUCUUCUCACUCUGGAGGGGAAAUGGCAUCAAUGUUCUCAAGAUUGCUCCAGAAUCUGCGAUUAAAUUUAUGGCCUAUGAACAGAUCAAGUGGCUUAUCCGAGGCAGUAAAGAGGGCGGCGGUUUAAGAGUACAAGAAAGGUUCAUUGCUGGCUCUUUGGCGGGAGCUACUGCCCAGACCAUCAUCUACCCCAUGGAGGUGCUUAAGACUCGCCUCACAUUGAGGACCACGGGGCAAUAUUCAGGUGUGGCUGACUGUGCCAGACGCAUCCUGAAAAAAGAGGGAAUCCGGGCUUUCUAUAAGGGCUACCUGCCAAAUACACUUGGUAUUAUCCCCUACGCUGGCAUCGACCUGGCUGUGUACGAGACCCUAAAGAAUGCCUGGCUUCAGAGGUACUGUGUGGACUCUGCCGAUCCAGGUGUUUUGGUCUUACUGGGCUGUGGUACCGUUUCCAGCACCUGUGGCCAGCUGGCUUCGUAUCCCCUCGCUCUAAUUCGGACACGCAUGCAGGCACAAGCCUGCACUGAGGGUGGCCCAAAGAUGACCAUGGUGGGCCAGUUCAAAUAUAUCAUAUCCCAUGAAGGUGUAUCUGGUCUGUAUCGCGGCAUUACACCCAACUUUCUCAAAGUCAUUCCUGCUGUCAGCAUCUCCUAUGUGGUUUACGAGCACAUGAAGAAAGUCCUUGGCGUGGGUUGCUAAACUAAAACAAGGAACAAGAAAGCCCAGACUACAAGGACAAAGAAAGCACAGACUUAUACACCUUGUGGGACAAAAGAGUCGAGAACCAAAGAAGGUGACCCGCCCUACAGAAACUGAUGGUAAGAAUGUUAGUGGAGCAUGUUUUCCCUGUUUGGAUAUACCAGUGGCAUGUCACUUAGUUGGGGGUUUAUUUGUACAUAUAUUUGUAAUUUAGUAUUUUUUUUAUUUUAAAUUGCUACAUAAUAAAAAUGAGCAUGUUAACUAAGCAGUAUACAAAAGGAAUGUUGGAUUCCUUAGUUCUGCAUUGUGAAUUUGAGUGACUCAAAGGGGCUGUUUGCAACAUGCUUGUCAUGAUCUGUGGUCUGGAUCAGGUUUUUUUUGUUAUUUUUGGACAUCUGGGAUCUGUCCUUAAGGGGGGUUCUGUCAUGAUGUGUGGUCUGGAUCAUGUUUUUUGUUAUUUUCUGUUUAAGACUCCAUAGUUCCUGUUUGCGCUUCCUUGUUUGUUUUAGUUUCCAUGACGACUGAUUAGGUUCCCCUGCCUCAUUUGACUCACGCACCUGCUCUAAUCAGAGACUACUAUUUAAGCCUGACGUUGCCAGUUAGUCGGCCUGGCGACAUUGAUGUUCAUUUCAUGCUCUGUACAUGUUCUUUUCAUGCCAUAGUUCAUGCUGCUCUUUUCAUGCCACAGUAAGUGUUGUUUGUUUUAUGUUCAUAGUUUAUGUUAAAGUGUUAGUUUUGUCCCUUGCGCCAAGUUUGUGCCUUCGCCUAGUGAGCGCUUUUUGUUUGUACCCCUUUUGAGUCAAGACCUGAACAGUUUUUUUCCCCUCGGCCAUCAGGCAAAUGAACAAUAACUCCUAACAGUAGCUCCUUGAAUUCCUUGAAUUCCUUCUAAGUCUAUCUGAUAGCUCAGUUACAGCUCUUUUUAUUACCAAAUAUGUGUUAUAUGUGUUUUAUGUUGCACGAUUGCACCAAGAAAAAUUCCUAGUUUGUGAACCCGUUCUCAAACAAUGGCAAUAAAACUAUUCUGAUUCUGAUUCUGAUUCUAAAUCAUGUUUUUACCUGCAAGCCUUGUCCGGUCUAGUCCGAUUGCAUCCCGGGAAAACAAUCCUCGCAGUAAACUGCGUAAAACUCCAUCUGUCAAGACGUGGAGUUUUACGUAAACUAU